GUCAGGGAUGUCAUAAUGGACGGUCCAGAUCGCAACAGCGACGCGUACUACACGUAUUUGGACGCUGUGGAUCGGCUGAACGGUGCAGUGCGGUUCAUUGAGGAGGAGCUGCGCAACGGGCGGUACCUGAUCAUGAGGGCCAUGGAGAAUGUCAAGGCGGACUUCCACGGGCUGCUCGCGGAUAGCAGCCUCUUUCCAGACCUGGACGAGCUUCGGGAGGCGAUGCUGUCGGAGGAGUCGCCGGACCAGAUCACGCCCCCUGAGAUGAUUGCCGAGGCUGCGCUGCCGAAGCUGCACGCCAUGGCUCGGCGGCUUGUGGAGAACAGUUGCGCGACCGACUGCACUCGUGCUUACAAGGAGAAAAGAGAGGCAGCGUUGAGGAGGAACUUUCAGCGGCUGGGCGUGCAGACGAUGACCAAGGCGGAGAUCCACAGCACGCCGUGGCCUCAGCUGGAGGAACGGAUGAGGCGGUGGAGUGAACACAUGCACAUUGGGAUGAUUCUGGUGGCGGGGGAGAGGGAGGCGUGUGACGAGGUGUUUGACGGGCUGGGCCCCUACGGCGAGCAGUGCUUUGUGGACCUCUCGCGCUCCUCCAUGCUGCUUCUCGCCGGCUUUGGCGAGGCCGUGAGCGAGAUAAAAAAGACGCCCGAACGCCUGUUCUCGUUCCUGGACAUGUACGAGACGACUCUCGACCUCAAGUGCACGGUGGACGAGCUAUUUAAAGGACCUGAGGGCGAGAUGAUGCGGAGGGAGUACCAGCACCUUCUCAAGACCCUCGGGCAAGCAGCGAGGGCGACAUUUGAGAAGUUUGAAGAGGCUGUGAAGGCACCGCCGACGCCAGAGGAGGGUGGGCCGGGAGGAGGAGGGGGGUACCCGGCUCUUGCCAGCCCUACUGCGAGCGAGAGCGGGAGAGGAGGAGGGUUCGGGCGGAGUGAGCUGCGCGGAGGGGGGCUUCUGGGCCGGCUGAAGAAGAUGAUGCACAAGGGCGAUGACUCAGCGAGUGAGGUGGCGUCGAUGACGUCCACGUCAGCAGCUGCCGCCCACUCCACAGGGGACAUCCACCCAAUCACGAGCUACGUGGUCAACUACCUGCUGCUGCUCUGCAACAGCGAGUUGCCCUAUUUCCAAAUACUCGAGUGCGUGUUUGAGGAUAUGGUCAGCAACGCCAGCGACUCAGCAGCCAGUAUCGUGACGCCACGUGUGCAGGGCCGGCUGGCCUUCGCCGCCGCCCGCAUCGUGGACGCACUAAAGACGAACCUCGGGCAGCGGGCGGUGGUGCUACGAGACGAAACGCUGGCGGAGCUUUUCAUGAUGAACAACCUCGCCUACGUGCUCACUAAGAUUGAUGCGUCUGAUGCCGGGCGGCUGCUUGGUACGGCAUGGAUCGGCACAUAUGGAGCGAUGGUGGACAAUCACAGGGACAAAUUCAUCAUGCACACACUCGCUAAGUUCGACGUGGUGUUCUCCUCAGAUGACCGUCUGGACUCCGCCUCCCUCGUCAAGCGCCUCAAGACGUUCAACAUCAUCCUGGAGCAAAUGAGGCAGCGCCACAUGGCAUGGACCAUCACCAAUCGCGAGCUGCGCGCACACGUCAAGGCCAAGACCCUCUCAGGCCUGCUGGACAAAUACCGCGAGUUCAUCAUUCGACACGGCAACAUUCUGCGCAACCAGCGCUCGCUGGACGUGCGAGUGCUGGCGUGUGAGGAGGUGGAGACGAUGCUUGCAGAUUCCUUCAGCAGCGGGCCUGUGGGAAAACACAAGUGA